UUAGUUAUAUUCCACUUAAAAAUCUUUGAACCUUCUUUUCCAGGCGACCAUAAUCUGUCGUAAUAGGAUCAUAACAGACCAUACAUAGCAUUAACAUGGCGCUGAGUAGAGGCUGGUUGUUGUUGAUGUUGUUGGCGAGCUGCUGCUGCUGCCCGUCAAUGUCGCAGGUCUUGCCUGGGUGCAUAGACCCCCCAGCAGAUGGGGCCAUCGCCCAGGUGGUGGUAGACGCCCUGGAAGCGAUGAGGCCUUACUUCCUCACCGGCAUCCCCAGCCUCGGGGUCCCGCUCCUCGACCCCAUGGGGCCACUCCCUUCCAUCGCCUUCAAUGUCGACACUGAGGCCCUCGUGCUGGCUGGGACGGUGAAUGAGACGGUGGUGCGAAACCUGGCGCAGUUCAUCAUCUGCCAGGUGAACGUCUCGGUGGGACUCAAGCCAAAGUUCUACGUCGAGUUCAGACUCGAGAACUUCCACGUAGAUGGACUCUACGACGUAGACGGGCUAGCCGUGUCUCUCUUCCCCAUCUUCGGGAACGGGAAUUACACGCUCGACACGUACCAGUCUGGGUUCUCGGGGUCGGCGACGGUUAACUACAACGUCCUGCAAGACCGCCUCUCCAUCAGCGACCUCGUCCUCGACGUUUUCUUCGAGGAUAUUGAGCUGGUGCUCGAGUGCAUCCUGGGCUGCGGGCAGAUGGCGGACUUCAUGAAUGGUUUUCUGAGUGAAAUUGUGAGUGGCAUCCCUGAGCAGGAAAUGCUUCGCGACAUGGGCAACGCUAACGCCUACAUGGACAUGGUGAUGGCGAACACCGCCCAGCUCAUCCUGGAUACCGGCAUGGAACCUCUGCAGUUACCGAACUCCCACCUGGACUUGGGAUCUGAUAACUCCGCUGACCUGUGGAAUGGAACCUUGGCCGGUCUUAGCACAGUCAGGAGGUCUGGCACGGCCACGGUGGACACGGUCGUUGAUUGGCUGUUCCUAUAUGCCAAUGUGGCUGUGGGGCCGCUAGAGGCUCACUACCAGGGCACCGUGACUGACAGUGAUGGCACCUCAGACUUCUUCGAAGCCUGGCUCAGCCUGGACGUGGCCGACGUCUACAUCACGGCCAGAGCUGACCUCCACAGCCUCAUUUUUGAUCUGGAUCAGUUCGUCAUCUCUGAACUUGGACCAGUGGGGGUGGACAUCCAGGGUUUGGGGGUUCUGGGGUGGCUGACAAGUUCUCUGACGGAGGUUCUGACGAACCAUUUCCUGGAUGACAUCCAGUCUGCUUUGUCUGAGCAGCUGGCCAGCGCAAUACAGACCGUCCUAAAUGAGAACCCGUGGCCUGCCAAUGCUGCUGAGAACCUCAAGCUGUAGAACUGUCAUGUUCUAAUAAUAAUAAAUCUUAAAACACGGC